UGUAGAUUUUAACGAUAAAUUAUUGACAUUCAAUCCUAUAAAACAAUGCGGUCAAUUACAUCGUUUUGGUCAGGUUCUAUAAAAUAUAUAUUUCGGACAGCUGAAGAAAAGCCACAUAUUUUCUAUUCUCUUUUACUUGGAUCUUUAGGUCCUAUUAUAUUUCUUUUUGUUCCUCCCAUUCGAAAAAAAUUAGGAUAUCUUCCACCUGAACCUAUCCCUAGAACCUAUCCAUUACCAAAAAGAAAACGUGAAGUUCUCGAAGGAUAUGACGAUUAAAUGAUUUUUAUUUAAAUUUUCAUGUUUUUAAAUAUAUAUAUAUGUACAUGUAAAUAGGAUAUCU